ACACUAGUUUUCUGCAAUCAAUCGUAAAAAUGUUCAAACUCGGUUAAAAUUCUUUGUAAAACAAUAAAAACAGUCAUAAAUAACAGGCAGUAGCGAUAGCAACAACUGACAACAUGGGCGAUUUCUUCAAGUCGCUCAAUUUCAAUUAUUUCAAUAGCAACCCAAGCGCGACCAACAAUAUUGCUGAUGUUGCAGGUGGCAACAACAACAGCAAUAACGUUGCCAGUGGUGCAACAAUCAACAGUGGCAGUCUCGACAAUGAUUACGUUGGCCAAUAUGUGGAUAUUGCUGGCCAAAAGCUGCGCAUCAAAUGUGUCAUAGCCGAAGGCGGCUAUGCAUUUGUAUAUGUAGCUCAAGAUGUAAAAACUGGCACAGAAUACGCCCUCAAGCGCUUGAUUGGAGCCGAUCAACAGGCCUGCCAGACUAUACAGCAAGAGAUUAACAUGCACAAGCAACUAUCGGGUCAUGGCAACAUUGUUACAUUCAUUGCCUCCAGCUGCAUUGCACCCAAUCCACAGCUCAAACAGCUGUCGGCUCAAUAUCUGCUACUAACCGAGCUCUGCAAGGGCGGCUCUUUGGUGGACUGCUUCAAGCUAGACAAUGCACCACUUGAUCCGCCUGUGGUGCUGCGCAUCUUCUAUCAAAUGGCACGUGCUGUGGCUCAUAUGCAUGCUCAAACCCCGCCCAUAGCACAUCGCGAUAUCAAAAUUGAAAAUUUUCUUAUUGGCAAUGACAAGCACAUAAAACUUUGCGACUUUGGCUCCGCCAGCAAGGAUCUACUUGCGCCCACUUUCGACUGGAGCGCACAUCAACGCAACAUGCUGGAGGAUCAGCUAAAUACCGUUACCACGCCCAUGUAUCGCGCGCCCGAAAUGCUGGACACUUGGUCCAACUAUCCCAUUGGACCUAAGGCUGACAUAUGGGCCUUGGGCUGCAUACUCUACUUCCUCUGCUAUCUAAAGCAUCCGUAUGAGGAUGGCGGCAAGCUGCGUAUCAUCAAUGCCAACUAUAUGCUGCCACCAGAUUCGCGUUAUAACUGCUUUCGUGAUAUAAUCAAGGGCUGCUUUAAGGUGAAUCCUGCGGAGCGUUUUGACAUAACCAUGUUGCUGGAGCGCUUGGCUGCCAUUGCUGAGACGCACAAUUGGUCGCUAAAGGGUCCACUGGAUUUGCUUGGUCUGCCCAUUGAAACAUCGCCAGCACAGAGUCCAGCUAACAGCGCCGCGCCAAAAGCAAAUCACUCCGAGUUCUAUACAGAUAAUCCACAUGCUGCUGCACCAACAGCAACGCCUGCAGCUGCAGCAGCUAACGCCGCCGCCGCUGCCAGCUCCGGAAAUGGCAGUUUGCUGUCCUCGCUGCGCGGUGGCGCUGGCACUUUGUUUAAGAACCUCAAGGACACAUCCACGAAGGUGAUGCAAACUAUGCAGCAGUCCAUAGCGCGCAAUGAUCUGGAUAUAAGUCACAUUACCUCACGUGUGCUGGUUAUGCCCUGCCCCUCAGAUGGCUUCGAGUCUACUUAUAAGACAAACAGCAUUGAAGAUGUGCGCUUAUCGCUGGAAAGUCGCUUUGCGCCGCAAACCAUAAGCAUUUAUAAUUUUGGCGCACGCACUGUGCCCCGACUGCCACCCCCAGUGCGCACAGUUGAAGCCGGCUCCGUUUACGGCUGUCCACAGGCUCAUGCGCCCAAUCUGCAGGGUCUCUACAACGUUGCUGCAGACAUGUUUAACUUUCUUAAUGCGGACGCCAAAUCUGUGGUUAUAGUGCAAACUGGCGACUCCGGCGGCUGCACUGCGGCCACCAUUGUCUGUGCGCUGCUGAUGUACGCCAAUCUGCUGCAUGAGCCCGAGGAUGCAGUGCAAGUGUUUGCAGUCAAGCGUCAUACUAUCAAUUUGCGCGCCUCCGAGUUUCGUUAUCUGUACUACUUUGGUGACAUUUUGCGGCCAACGCCUUUGCUGCCGCAUUACAAGAACUUUAAUCUGGUAUCGCUUAGCUGUCAGCCUGUGCCACGCAUGACGAAGGCGCGGGAUGGCUGUCGCAUUUAUAUGGAGGUGUACUGCAAUGAGAAGCUGCUGCUGACAACGCUGCAGGAUUAUGAGAAAAUGAGAUUACACAUUGCCGGUCCGGGUAAAAUAGUGCUACCCAUUAAUUUAACCGUCUGCGGCGAUCUUACUAUUGUGCUCUAUCAUGCACGCAAUGCCUUGAAGGGCAUGGUGCGUCCACAGGGACUGCGCAUCUGCCAAUUUCAAAUCAACACUGGCUUUGUGCCCGAGCCGGAAACACUGAUUACCUUUAAAGCCCAUGAUCUCGAUGAUAUGCCCGAUCUCGAGCAAGUGCCGGCUAACUUUUGCGUCUCACUAUCACUGAGUGUGACUGAAACCGAAUCACCGCCCAGCCACAAGCCGCCCUGGCUGCCAGCCAGCAAGUCCAAGCGUCAGCCACAGAAUCUAUUUAGCUCUGAUCUGGAAUAUGCCGAGAUGCUCGAUAACUUUGUUACUAAGCCCAUAACACGCGCCUCGCCGCCGCCUGCUGCGCGCAAGGCUGAGCGCGCUAGCUCACCACUGGUGCUGCCCGAUGUUACAGAGAUUGCUCAUGAUGUGCCAGCUAGCUUGGCGGAACCUUCACCACCCAUCGAUUUGCUCAAUCUGAAUCAGCAGCCAAGCGCAAGUGCAAGUGCCACGCCCGCUGAUCCUUUGGCCAGCGCUAUGCCCAGCACAGAUGCCAGCUUUGAUCUACUGGGCGCCUUUGGCGAUGAUGACUCCACGGGCAUUGGCUCAGCGUCCAUACCAGAUGUGCUGCCGCCGCCGCAAGCUGCGCCCAUGCAGCCCAAGCUCAACGCUGAUAUCUUAGAUAUAUUUGGCUCCAUUGAUCCGAGCGGCGUUGGCGCUGGCCUAGGCACGCCCAAUUUGAAACCAACAAGCGCUAUGCCAAGCUUCUUCACUACACCACCACCAACAGCAGCAGCAGCAGCUACAGCUGCGCCACGCACGCAGCCCUCACCCACGCAAGCAGCGCCACAAAAACCUGCAGAUCCAUUUGCUGAUAUAGCCAACUUGGCCUCGGGCUUGAAUAUUAACUUUAAUCCCAAUACGCUAGGCGCCAAGUCUGCUGGACACACGCCCGUUGGACACAGUCCGCAGGCCACACAGUACUCCAGUCCCACGCACAAAUCAACGCCAAGCCCAGUGCAAAAUCAGGCGCCGCCCAAACCACAAGUGCCGCCUCAGCCACAACCAGCGUUUGUUAAAACGCCACCUCAACCUGCGGCCCAGGCACGUCCGGACUACAGUCGUACACACUUUGAUGCGCCUAAGCCAGGUCAGCAAUCAGCUGCAGGCGGUAGUAAGGGCGGCGACAUAUUUGCCGACAUUCUGGGCCAGCAAGGUUAUUCAUUUGGCAGCAAAGGUCCACAAGGGCCACGCUCUAUCAACGAAAUGCGCAAAGAGGAGCUGGUCAAGGACAUGGAUCCAAAGAAAGUGCGCAUUAUGGAAUGGACCGAUGGCAAGAAGAAUAAUAUACGCGCCUUGCUCUGCUCCAUGCACAUGGUGCUUUGGGAGAAUGCCAAAUGGCAGCGCUGCGAGAUGUCCACAAUGGUAACGCCAGCGGAGGUGAAGAAGGCCUAUCGACGUGCCUGUCUAGCCGUGCAUCCAGAUAAGCAUAAUGGCACCGAGCAUGAGGAAAUUGCCAAAUUGAUUUUUAUGGAACUCAACAACGCGUGGACAGAUUUUGAAAAUGAUGCCACACAGCAAAACAUGUUCAAUGCAUAAAACGCGUCCUAUAGCUAUUAUCUAUCAAUCUAUCUAUAUAGUAUAUAUAUAGUUCAACUAUACUUCUAUUAGCUAAAAGAUUAGUGUAAAGCCAUGUAAAAAACAACAAUUUCUAAGCUUUAUUGUGUAAAGUGAAAAGUAUUUGUGUAUAUCUGCCGUACACAUUUUAGUUAGUGCAAAAAACAAAAGAGCCCAUUUUAAAAAUUCUAAAAAUUAAUGGACAGUAUACUUAAUAGUAUAAUUACGCCCACACAUUCCUGCGAAUUCGUUUAAGAAACAAUCCAAGUUAUUGUAUACGUCCUUAUUUCUGACAUACUCAUUGUUUGAUUUUGCAGUUCAAUUAAAAUUGGAGUUAACUACAACUAUGACCUGCUCCCUAUCCAAUAUGUGAUUAUAAUACGCGCCUAUGCAAAGUGGAAACUAUUUAAGAUUACAAUAAAUAAAUCAAUAUAUUAAUGCAUAAACUAGUAUGUAAAAAGUUAAAACGUAAAAUGCAUAUAUGUAUAUGGGGAAGCCAAUCUACCUGUACGAAUGUUAAAAAUGAAAAGUUAAUAUGUACACAUAAUUUUAAAAGCAUUUAAACUUGGUUUACACAUUCUCAAGCAUAUGUAAUAAUAAAUUCUUUAUGCAA